AUGUUUGAGGCCACUUUCAACCAAGCAUCCAUCCUGAAGCAGGUGCUCGAGGCCACCAAGGACUUGGUCAACGAUGCCAACUGGGACUGCUCCGCCGAGGGCAUCGCCCUGCAGGCCAUGGACAGCAGCCACGUCUCGCUCGUUUCUCUGAGCCUCCGUGGCGACGAGCUGGCCAGCUACCGCUGCGAGAACCAAAUCUCCCUUGGUAUCAACAUGAACACGAUGACCAAGAUUCUCAAGUGUGCCGAGAACAACGACCGCACCAUCAUUCGUGCUGACGAUGACGCCGACGUCAUGGUCUUUGUCUUUGAGAGCGAAGGUCGUGACAAGACCUCCAAGUACGAGAUGAAGCUUAUGGACAUUGACAGCGAGCACCUUGGUAUUCCCGAGCAAGAAUACAGCGCCACCGUCCAAAUGUCUUCCAAGGAAUUCUCCCGCAUCGUUCGUGACCUCAGCACCAUCGGCGAGAACGUCGAAAUCACCGUGGACAAGGAGGGCAUCACCUUUGGCGCCAAGGGUGAGAGCGGCUCUGGUACCGUGUCGCUCAAGUCAAACCCAUCAGUCGAUGAAGGCAGCAGCAACAUUACGAUUGAUCUGACCGACAGCGUAAAGCUCAACUUUGCUCUGCGCUACCUCACCUUCUUCACCAAGGCCGCUCCUCUGUCCGACAACGUCAGCCUGUCCCUCUCAGCUGAUGUGCCCCUCAUGGUGGAGUAUGCCAUUGGUGACGUUGGCUUUAUCCGCUACUACCUGGCGCCCAAGAUCGACGAUGACGAGGACACGGAGGAAUAAACUGCUUUGACAGUUUUUCUUUCCCGUCUUGCCCCAAGGCCGGGUAUUUCUCCAUCAAGCUCACAAGCCCGUGCAAGUCUUGUCUGUGCCAAACUUGCCUCCCCUGUUUGCUUUUCGGCUUUUUUUUUUCUCCUCUCGGUUGGCUUCUUUUCUUGCGUUGCGGCGAGAGCAAUGUUUUGGCUUGGAACCAGAUUUUCGAGUUGUUGUGUUGUUGUGGUUCCGAUUUCUUCAUGCUUUCUGUGUCUGCCGCCAUUCGAUGUCUACGUUUCCUUUUGAAGCCAGCCAGUCCGCGUCUCCCUUCACACUUUUCCUCGUAUGCCCUUCAUUCUUUCAUCUUUUUUUUUUUUCUCUUUCUCUCUCGCUAUCUCUCUCGUGCUUUUUUCUCCCGGCCCAUCAUCGAUCGUCUCUGCGUGGCCAUCUUUCUCCUGCUAUCG